AUGCACCGAGAACUGGAUACACUCGCUACAAGCGAGGCCUUGGAGGUAGAGCGCAAAGUUGCCCAGCGGCGUGUGUACUUUCUUACCUUUGUUGUUUUCUCCGUGGUUGCAGGAGGAUCCUUUGCGUGUGUCUCCUUUGGCAUUUCUGAGAUUGUGAGCCAUGACUCCAUACUUAUGAACGACGGACUUGGGGAGGUCAUGACUGUCCUCGGGAUAUGUUUUACGCUCCCGUGUGUGUUUUGUGUUGUAGUUUUUGCGGCAUUGACGUUAGGCCUCUCACGCUGUCCAUCCACCCCCCAUUUUGGUACCCUCGCCGUCAUUGGGCUGACCUUGAUUUCCUUUGUGGCUCAACAGAUCUUGUGCGACGCGUUUUUUUUUCACUUUGUUGGUGCUGCCGCGGCCGCCGUUGUGGUUGCGGACGUGUGUGUUUUUGCAACAUAUAUAUUUAUGCGCUACCGGGGCCUUUACGUCCAGACUGUUUUGAGUGUUCUGCUGUUUGUGGGGAAAACAGCCGCUUUGUGGGGUGUGACGUUUACCCCCCGUGCGGAGGAGGAGCCGAAGCCGCGGAGGCUCAGCUCCAGUGGUCUCUUUGCGAUGCUCGUCUUAACGGUUUCUAUUGUUCAACUUCCGUUGUACGCUACCGCGGCGCGUGAGCGGUCAGGGCCGGAUGACACGUCUGUGGCGGAGAACAGUAUUGUGGAAAACUUCAACAAUAACUUCAACCUUUUUCUCCUUCACUUGCUAAAUUCCCUUGACAUUUUCACUGUGUACGGCUCUGUUGUUUUUCCCUCUGCACCAGAAAGUUCUCUUCCAACACUGUCGAAACCGUUUAGGGUGCUUAUUUUUAUCAUUGUCAGCAUUGCGUUUGUCGGGAACAACGUUGGUGUGGUUCACUUAUUUUAUGCACGUGAUGGGGUUGAGCAGGCAGAGCUUGCGUGUUUGCCGAAGAGGUUGCGCGAUGCCACCAAUCAGUGGAGCAGCACUGAUGUAGGUGGAAGCCACAAGCGUCGUAUUCUUCAAUACAUGCUGCUUCUUAUUCUUGUGUGCGAUGCUCCCUUGUUGGCGGUACGAACGCAGCUCUGGUGGCGAGACCAGCAGAUGCUAAGCGUGUUUCUCGUGAAGAACAUCAAGGCGAUUCUUGACACAUUUAUGGUGGUGCUGCGCGUGGACCGUUCACGUGGAUCCGCCGAACGUGUGUGGGACCCCUUUGCCGAGAUUCGGUGA